AUGGGCAAUUAUUUCUUAUAUGCUGAUGAUGAGUUCGAAGUUGUACCUGAAAUAGAGGAUGUCAUUUUGCUUGAUGAAAGUUCAAGUGAUUGUGAGAGUAUUGCUGCUGAAUCUGUGGGAUCCUCAACUCCACAAGAGCAACUGCUCAAUUUUGAUAUUGUCAGUGUUGGUGAUCCAAAUGAUGUUUGGGCAUUAGAGUUUGAUGGUAGUUGCUCUUCUACUGGAUCAGGGGCAGGUAUUGUUUUCGUGUCUCUUGAUGGUAAGAUGUUCCCAUUUUUUUUCAAGUUACAGUUUGACAACACUAAUAACAUUGCUGAGUAUGAGUCUCUUCUUUUGGGAAUGAAUGUUGCUCAAAAGAAAGGAAUUAAGAAUUUGCAUGCUCAGGGAGAUGUUGAAUUGAUUGUGUUCAAUGAUGAUCAGCACGUAAUCAAUUUCUUGCAGACUGCUGAUAACUUUGAUGAUUUGUAUUUUGAUGGCAGUCAGUAUCCUUCAAGAGAUGCCAUUGAAAGUGUUGAUGUGGAAACUGGUGAAAAGUUCCUACAACUAAAGGGUAAUAAGAUCCCUAAGGGUCUUGUUUCUCUUGAAAAAUUGUUUGACAAGCAUGAUCGCUAUGUCAAAAAGCAACAAAAAUCAGCUGCUAGUACAAUGGAGUAUGAGCAACAAUAUAUUGAUGUCUUGGCCUACUCUUAUGAUGACUUGAAGUCUUUCCGUCCUAAAGAGCUUUGUGAUGACAUUCCAUUGAAGUUCGGUUUUGCUCCUUUCCAUCAAAAGCAAAGGCAGUACAAUCCGAAGAUUUCUGAUACCAUCUUUGCUGAAAUCCAGAAAAUGCUAAAGAAGAACAAAGAAGGUGUUGAGUCACCUAUUGCUUUUAUGAGUUAUCCUUUGAAAACUCAUGAGAAAAAGUUUUCCGCAAUGGAGAAGCAUGCCUUUGCCGUAGUAAAAGCAAUAAAACAUUUUAGGUUCUACAUUCUCAAUUCUCAUGUUACUGCUCUUGUUCCUGAUGUUGUUGUCAAGUCUAUUCUUACGCAACAGGAAUUUGGAACUAAAAGGGGCAACUGGUUUGUUGGUAAGCCUAAGUUGGCUGCACUUUCUCUCAAGCCAGUGGUAAUUGAAGAGCCAUUUCAACUGUGGGGAUUGGAUUUCGUUGGACCUGUCAAUCCAUCAUCUAGUGUGGGUCACAUGUAUAUUCUCACUGCUAUAGAUUACUUUACCAAAUGGGUGGAGGCAAUUCCCACCAAGCAAGCUACCUCAGCAAUUAUCAUUGACUUUUGUUUCGAUUAUGGUAUUACCCUUUCACACUCGUCUGAUUAUUAUCCGCAAGGAAAUGGUCAGGCUGAGUCAAGCAAUAAGAACUUGGUUACAAUAAUCAGGAAGCUUGUUGAUGAGAAACGAUGGACUUGGCACAAGACUCUCUAUGAUGCGUUAUUGGCGGAUCGUAUAACUCCUAAGAGAGCAAUCGACAUGUCACCAUUCCAACUUCUGUAUGGAAUGAAUGCCGAAAUUCCUAUCACUUUGGAACUUCUAGCAUUGAAGCUUGACAAGGCCGUUGAAGAUGAAACCUACCAAGGUUCGCUUGAUAAGUGGAUAAUGUUUCUUUCUCAGUUGGAGGAAACAAGGGCAGAGGUGGUAGAUAGAAUUGCUACACACCAAAGCCAAGUGAAGGCGUUGUUUGACAAGAAGGCAACUUCUCGUGAGUUCGCAGUUGGUGAUCAAGUUUUGUUAUGGGACAAGAGGAGGGAACCAAAGGGAAUGCACGGGAAAUUUGAUUCCCUAUAG